AGCAUGCGCUGAUAAAAUAAUAUUUUCGUGUGAUUUUACCAUAUAAACUAUUCCCGUUUAGUAUCCUUUUGUGAAUCCACCAUGGUUCAGAAAUCGUCCGGCUUUUUUGGAUUUUUUAAAAACAUUUAUAACGACGAAUAUAAAUGGGCGCUUGUGAAAAGUGCAUCACUAUUCGUCGUCGGCGUGAGAUUCGCUCAGGAACUCGUUGGCCUGGAGCUGAUGCCAUCAGUGCCACAUUGA